AAAAACGGAAGGAAUACGAGAGGGACGCGGAGGAGAGCAAAGGCCGAGUCAUCGCAAGCAAAGCGAGGGUGACGUUUGUGACGCGCGUGCGCGUCUAGAGAAACGGGCGGCUGGGCCGUGGAGGAGCAAGCGGUGGCGGAGCAAAUACGGGCGCGUGUGCAACGGCCAGGCUGUUUUCUGCCCCGCUCACACUCACGUACUCAGCCGCCGCCGCCGCCGCCGCCAUUAUGCUGUGGUUCCCUGGCACCAUCCCGGCCGCCAUUGCUGCCGCCAAGCAGCGCGGCGCGGUUUUCGUGGUGUUCGUGACAGGGGAAGAUGAACAGUCUACAGAGAUGGCUACCAGCUGGGAGGAUGAGAAAGUGACUGAGGCAGCAACAGAUGGCUUUGUGGCUAUUAAAAUUGAUACCCAAAGUGAAGCCUGCCUGCAAUUCUCACAGAUCUAUCCUGUAGUGUGUGUUCCAUCCAGUUUCUUUAUAGGAGACAAUGGAAUCCCUUUGGAAGUAAUUGCUGGCAGUGUUUCUGCAGAGGAACUUAUUACAAGAAUUAAUAAAGUCAAACAGAUGCACAUGUUAAAAAAUGAAUCAUUAGAAAGUCCUGCUUCAUGUUCAUCCUCUCUCUAUAACAUCACAGAUGAUUCUGGAUCUCAAACAUCUGAACCCAUAGAAGCACAUCCUGAAAGGCUACAUGUGUCUUCAGCUUCUGCAAUAAAUUUGGUCCAGACAAAUGAGUUUCUUGAGGAAAAUAACAGAAGAGCAGAACCACAGACUACAGAUGACCUGUCUGCCAAAGUAGAAAGAGUAACAAAAAAACUUGAGGAAAGACGAGAAGAGAAAAAGAAAGAAGAAGAACAGAAAGAAAUUAAGAAAGAAAUUGACAGACGAAAAACUGGAAAGGAGAUGUUGGAAUACAAAAGAAAACAGGAAGAAGAACGGACAAAACGAAUAUUAGAAGAAAAGAACAGGGAAAAAGCCGAAGACAGAGCUGCUAGGGAACGUAUCAGACAACAGAUUGCAUUGGAUCGUGCUGAAAGAGCCUCUCGUUAUGCAAAGGCACAGGAAGAAGCAGAAGCUGCAAAAGCUGCAGCUCUCCAAGCACGGCAAGCUGAAAUGGAAGCCAGGAAGGAAGCAUUACAGACAGAGAGAAAUACUAUAGCAAGAAUUCAGUUCCGCCUUCCAGAUGGGUCUUCCAUUACUAAUAACUUUCCUGUGGACGCUUGCUUGGAAGAGGCUCGACGGUUUGCUGCCCAGACGGUUGGCAAUACAUAUGGUAAUUUCUCAUUGGCUACAAUGUUCCCCAGGAGGGAAUUUACCAAAGAUGAUUAUGGAAAAAAAUUAUUGGACUUAGAACUUGCCCCAAGUGCUUCAGUAGUAUUGUUGCCGGCGGGAAAAUCAGCUACAGCAGCCGUGCAGUCUUCUGGUGGAGAUUUUUGGAAAUUCCUUGGCACAGUCCUUUAUCCGCUGAUAGCUGUCUGGCGAUUUAUUAGCAACUUUUUGUUUAGCAGCCCUCCUCCUUCCCAGACGUCAGAAAGACCUCAUCAGCAGGAACACUCAAAUCCUUCAUCUAAUACUACAGAGUCAAGCAGGCAAGUGGUCAGGAAACGAGUACUGGAAAAGCGGGGUGAAGAAUUCAAAAAAGAAGGCAAAAUCUAUAGACUGAGAACUCAAGAUGAUGGUGAAGAUGAUAACAAUACUUGGAAUGGAAAUUCAACUCAGCAAAUGUAGUUUUUCAAGUAAACUGCAUAGUAAUCAUUGAGGGUUUUUUUUCUUAUUUUGAUUUCAUUCUGUUAAACCUUCUGCUGCACAAGUGGGCUUGUCUGGUGUGCUGCCUGAGCUCUACCUUAUUCCUGUCAUGGCACAUGCAAGGUGUUGAUUCGCUGGAUACUGGAUUGUAACUACUGCCAAAGGCUCAAAGAAUGUAAAGAAUUCUGAUCUUCCAUUAGCUUUCAGAAUUUAGAAUUUCAUACUUACAUGCCCUAUUGUCAUCUCAAAUGCACUUUUUAUCUUUAUGGAUCUUGGAACAAACCAGAAUCCCAGACUUUAAAAAGUGAGAUUGACUAGCAGAAGCCAUAAUAUCUAGCAUAUUGGAUAACUUAUUAUUUUUUUCUUUUAGUGCUUCUGCAACUACAAGCAAAUUCUAAUAGGUUUUUAAUAUCUAAGCAUUCAAUAAAAGUUUUUCCAGUAAA